AUUCUAUAGAUGGCACUGAAUUAUUCGAAAUAUCUUUCUAUGGGUUUCUUAAAAGGCACCUGACAUUUACUAAAUGUAAGGAAUAUUGUAAGCCCGCACGAGUAGUUACCACCACCCUGCCUGUUUCUGCCGCGAAUGAGUCGUGUAUCUCGAAUUGGAAAGCUGGGACACCCGUUAUACAAUAAAAUUGGGAUGUCGACUUCACAUCUGAAGGCGUUAUGUGUAACUUUAUGUCUCGGGUCGAUGAGCAGCAGUGAAGAGUCAGCCAGAGACUUCAUAGAACAUGUUCUCCGUAUCCCGAAUCCUGACAGAGUCCUCAAUUCAGUUCUUGGAAGGCUUGAGAGAAACAGACAAGCAUUAGCUAAGGAAGCACGUCUCGACAACAGCGAUUGUCAAGACUCUGAGACUGUGGUUUUGCCUGAGUAUACUGAAUCAAUACAGCCUUCGAGAGAAAAGGAAUUGAGGCAUGUGACUACGCAGAAACAUUACCCAAUCUGCCAUCUCGAGAGGAAGAUAAAAAAGUUGAAUACCGACGAAUACGAAUAUCGACCCGCCUACUACGAAGAAGUUCGAUGCACAAUGGCUACAAGUGAAGAUCUCGGAGUAACGAAUGAGAUUUGUUCGAGUCUCGGCUUUUCUUGCGUUCAAUGGAAUAAGACCAUACAUUUGACAAGGAGGCGGUAUUCCAGUGAUUGUUGGGAGACUAGGACGCUGGUGAUACCUGCUGGAUGCGAAUGUAUGUGGCCCGUAUACAGACUGGGCGACAUGAAGUUACACGUGUAAAGCAUACCCUAAAUAAACGUAACCUGGAGGAUUGAUUGAUCCAAGUUUGCACAACGUUGUAAGAUAAUAAUGUUUCAUCCAGUUACUUAAUUAUUGUUUAAAUUAACUUAUAUGGAAUAAUACAUGUUUAAUAGAAAAAAAUAAUGAAGAUGAAGUUAUCGUCCUGUUUAAGUGUAUUAUUUACUUAAUAAACGUUUAUUGUUAAGUAUGUCUGAAAUCCGUGGGCCAUUAUUAAAAUGCUACCACAUA